AAAGAAGAACAAAUGACCGGAAAUUCAAAACCCGCCGGCGGAAGUAAACAUUAGCAUCAGUAGCAUUAGCUUUUAACAGUGCAGGGAACAUGAUGCUGCUGUGAGUCAACUUUCGUUACUGAAAGGUUCCAUCGCGAUGUCUUCAUGGUCACAAAGUCCUGCUGUGGACGCGCUCCCCGAAAAAGGACUAAAGAGGAGCGGCAGCAAAAAACUCCCCGACAUCACCUGGAGACACGAGAUCAUAAACCUGCACACAACAACAGACAAGUCGAUGGAACCUCAAGACUAUAGCUUAAACCCUGAGGAGGCGGAGUCUCCACAGAUUAAAGAAGAAAAGGAUGAAGUCUGCGUCGGCGAGGAAAGAGAGCCGCUUGAAAUGUUUCUAAAGGAGAAACCAGAUAGCUUGAUGCCGCCAAAACCUUCCACUGAAGACAGGGAGGAACUUAAAACUGAGACGACAGAUCAGGGAGUAAACAAAGACGCUGACACUGGAUCAACUGAAGAGUCAAAACUGCUGUCAGACAACAGUGGGGACGACAACCACAUGAUUCAUGAGACAAAUGAAAAUGUGAGCAGGUGCGACACUUGUGCUAAAGUCUUUGGCACAAAGCUGCAAAUGAAGAAGCACCGCAGAAUCCACACGUGUGAGAAGCAGUUUCUGUGCAGCACAUGUGGGAAAAAGUUCAGGGAUGCAUCCACACUCAAGCACCACGUCAGGACUCACACGGGCGAGAGGCCCUUCCCCUGUCAGACCUGUGGGAGGAGCUUCUCGUGCUGCGGUAAACUGAUGGUUCACAGCAGGAUCCACACCGGCGAUAAGCCGUACCUGUGCAACACCUGCGGGAGGGGCUUUUCUCAGUCAUCGGCCCUGAAGAGGCACACAACCGUCCACACAGAGAGCAAGCUAUACUCCUGCAGAAUCUGCGGGAAGGGUUUCAGUCAGAACAGCGACGUGACAGUCCACCUGAGAACGCACACGGGUGAGAAGCCGUACACCUGCAACACCUGCGGACGCAGGUUCUCCGACUCCUCUGCCUUCAAAAGACACACGGCCAUCCACGUCGACAUGAAGCCGUAUUCCUGUCAAAUAUGCAGCAAAAGCUUCAGGCAGAGCGGUCACCUGAUGCGUCACAUGAGCGUUCACUCCGGAGGGAGGUCUUUUUCCUGCCAGGAGUGCGGGAAAAGUUUCCGACAAAGCAACAACCUAGUGCGGCACUUGAAGAUCCACUCGGAUGAGGGUUGUUACAUCUGCAGCUCCUGUGGGAAGCAGUUUCUCCGGCCGUCGUGGCUAAAAAGACACAUGGAGGCGCGCGCGUGUGAGGUCAGCUAAUGAAGAGUAAAAUAACAACAAACGGAUGAUCUGUUAGGAUGUUUCAUGAAUCCAGUCCAGAUAAAUGUCUUGGAAACAGAAGAAGUAACUAAAACUUUAUUUUGCAUUCUUUUUUUAAUAUUUAGAAAAAUGCCAGGUUUCUGUCAUUUGUUUUCAUUUUCAGGCUUGACUCUAUUUGUGGAGUCGGGUUUCAGUCCAACUGUUGCUAAAGAACGUCAGUGUCAUCUUCCGUCUCAUUCCUGGCAUCUUGUUUACGCUGAAGCUUUAUAAUAAAGAAUAUUUGAGUGGAAACUUAACAUACUUUUUAAUUUCAGAAUCAAUAAAAGUUUAUGCAAUUAUCAAAGAA